UCAAGCAGCGCAAUCGUGUUUAUCAUGCUGCUGUUCCCGUUGGUCGUCGUUUGUCUCUUCCGGCCUACUCCGACCGGUUCAGUCAGCACCCAGAUCGAGCUGGAACGGCUGGAGCAAAUCGGCGGCAGCCACCUGUUAGACGCUUCCGGAACACGCGUUCGGAAGUACAACCGGACCGUAUCCGUGCUGGAUGGGACGUUCUCCAUCCUGAAGGAUCUGGACGAUUCGUUAGAAUUUACGGUAACCGCGGCCCGUAGUGCCCUCGGCAACAAUCAGUUCAACGAGUACCCGAUGAAGGUUCCCCGCAAGAAGGGUUGCCAGAUCUUCCAGCAGGAGUACGCAGAGUACCAGCACGUUUGGGCAAAUUAUACCAGUCUACCGAAGGUUGUCAAGGGUGAGCAGGCAUUUUGUCCACUUCCAAAGGGGGACUACUGGGUGAAGAACUUUGCACCGGAUGCGUCCUGGGUGCCACCGGUGGUUCCGGAAGGGUACUGGCGGAUGACGUUGGAGAUCUACGGCUCAAGUGGAGAGCUUGAGGGACAGGUGCGGGGCUUCUUCCGAGUUAAGAAGAGUUUAACGUAAGCCUUAGGGUUAGGUGGAACUAAAAUAAACUCAACAUCUAGGGGUUAAUC